AUCCACCUCAUCCAGCAGCAGUGCGAACAGGUCGCUUGAGUUUAGGACUUUUUAAUCAAGCGAACGCACGCCGCUCUCAUUCUAUUUUUCACCUUUCACGCAUUAAAUUCAAACAUGAAUCCUGACAUUCUAAACGAGAGGCAGAAGGCAACUUUUGACGUCGAGAAGCUCACCAACAUUUUGAACGGAGGCCCAGAAAAGACGAAGAGGAGACGAGAAAUCGAGUCAAUGGUCUUGAAUGACCCAGACUUUAAGGAGGAGGAUCCAAACUUCCUGUCCCGUAGUGAACGCUAUGACCAAGCUGUUAAAAAGAGCGCUCAAAUGAUCCUCAAACUGAGAGAGUAUGGCAUCGCAGACCCAGAGGAGAUCUACUGCUAUAAGAGAAUGUUUCGAGGCAACUUUCAUGAGGCAAUGGGACUUCACUUUGUCAUGUUUCUUCCAACCCUCUAUGGCCAAUGUGACCCUGAGCAAUGCAAGAAAUGGUUACCUCUAGCAGAAUCCUACAAGGCCAUUGGCACAUAUGCUCAAACUGAGCUGGGUCACGGCACACAUCUCAGAGGACUGGAGACCACUGCCACAUAUGACCCAGCUACAGAGGAGUUUAUCCUAAACAGUCCCACUGUCAGCUCCAUCAAAUGGUGGCCUGGAGGCCUUGGGAAGACCUCAAACCACGCAAUUGUACUUGCCCAGCUUUACACUCAGGGAAACUGUCACGGUCUGCAUGCGUUCAUCGUACCUAUUCGUGAUAUGAACACACACGAGCCACUUCCAGGUAUUGUUGUUGGGGAUAUUGGACCCAAAUUCGGUUUCAAUGAAGUUGAUAAUGGCUUUUUGAAACUUGACCACGUGCGGAUACCACGGGAGAACAUGCUCAUGAAAUAUGCGAAGGUAGAUGCAGAUGGCACCUACGUCAAGCCGCCUAGUGCUAAAUUGACCUAUGGCACCAUGGUUUUCAUCCGUUCCAUGAUUGUGGGCGAGUCCGCUCGGGCACUGGCAAAGUCCUGCACCAUCGCCAUUCGCUACAGUGCAGUCCGCCACCAGUCUGAAAUACGGCCUGGCGAGCCGGAGCCUCAAAUCCUCGACUACCAGACGCAGCAAUACAAACUCUUCCCUGUGCUUGCUAUGGCCUACGCGUUCACUUUUGUCGGCCAGUACAUGAACCAAACAUACCACCGCAUCACCGGAGACAUCAAUCUAGGGGACUUCAGUGAGCUGCCAGAGCUCCAUGCUCUGUCCGCGGGUCUGAAGGCUUUCACCACGUGGGCUGCUAACUCUGCCAUCGAAGUGUGUCGAAUGUCGUGCGGAGGUCACGGCUAUUCCCGCAGCAGUGCCUUGCCGGACAUAUAUGUUGAGUUUACCCCAACCUGCACCUACGAGGGCGAAAACACUGUCAUGAUGUUGCAAACUGCACGAUACUUAAUGAAGAGCUACAGGCAGGCUAGAACAGGUCAGCGGUUGCAUGGCAUUGUGUCGUACCUGAAUGAUGCAGACCAGCAGAGAAUCCAACCACAGCAUGUCUCCGCAAGAUUGACUGGACUCGAUAUUAAUGACCUGUCUGACCUGGUGGAGCUCUACAAACUACGAGCUGCUACUCUGGUUGAGUUGGCAGCCCAGAGUAUCCAGAAGGAGCUGCAACACAAGAGCCAAGAGGAUGCCUGGAAUAAUAGUGCAAUCGACCUGGUCAGAGCCUCUGAUGCCCACUGCCACUAUGUCGUUGUAAAGCUCUUUGCUGACAAGUUGGGAGAGAUUGAUGCUGCUCACAUUCAUUCAGUGCUGUUGACGCUUGCUCGCCUAUACGCUCUUCAUGGCAUCUCGAACAACUCUGGAGACUUUCUUCAGGCCGGGUUGUUGAAUGGGUCCCAGGUGCUGCAGAUUACGACUCGUAUCAAGGAGCUGCUUUCUGAGCUGAGACCAAAUGCUGUGGCGCUGGUAGAUGCCUUCGAUUUCCAUGACAAGAUGUUGAAUUCAGUCUUGGGGCGAUAUGACGGGAAUGUCUACGAGCACAUGUUUGAAUGGGCCCGUCGCUCACCCUUGAACUCUACAGAGGUGCACGAGUCCUAUCAUAAGUAUCUGAAGCCCUUGAGAUCCAAACUGUGAGCUAAUUCACCCAUUCUGAGAAUGACAAUUUCUGCUUAGAAAUAGAAAAUGUAGUAGUUUAUUUCAAACCCCAACAACAUUUGACAUUCGUUUAAUCUCACUUAGACUCGCUUAUGUCCUUAAGAGAAUUUCCCUUUUUUUUAGCAGCUAAUCAGGGGAAGGGUUUUGGCAGUGUUUUUAAAAAUGUGAAUAAAUAUAAAAAGAUUUUUAAAAUGGUUUAUAAUAAUUAUGAAUUGAUGUCAUGAAAAUUAGCGCUGCAUGAGUUUGACAAGAAUUUUUUUUUUCUGACAAAUAUUGCAAUUCGAUUUGUGGUUUUUACAUGUCAUACUUGUAAAUGCAUAAAACCAGCAUUCGGAAUGAAAGAACAAAUUACUUUCAGAACAGAUUGUCUUGUUUAUAGCGCAACGAGUGAGGUACAGCUGCGCCUGUCGGGUCUAGGACUGGUUGUAUUUAGCAGGCAGUGCAGUGCAGACCAACUUGUUUCCCUUCUCUAAUUUAUGUAACAUUUCCAUGUUACUUCCACUCUGUUGGAGCCUGAUGGCGAUAUUUUGUUUGCCAGUGAAGUUUUUUCCCAACAAGUAACUUUAAAUGUUACAUAACCAGUCCAACUAAUAACUGGUUUGAUUAUUUUCCUUGUUGUUUCACUAUGAGGAAGCAAUAUUGCGUAGGCAAUCAGUAAUGAAGUCCGUGCAAGUCAACAUCACAGCUGCAAUUUUAUAUGGAACUUAUACCUGCAGCAAACUAGCAUUUUCCUCCAAAAAAAAUCCAUGCGUAACUUGAGAGUUUCAAGAUAGCAGUUGGUCUUUUGUGGUGCCUAUGUCAUAUUGAAACUAUACAGCCACAGUGAGUCUGACAAUAGAAUAGAACCUUUAUUGUCAUUAUACGUAGUACGACAAGAUUUAAAGCUUUGGCAAAAAAUGCACCACAUAAAACAAAAAUACAAUAAGGUUAAUAUAAAAACACAGGUUACAGGGUACACACAUUGGGGAAUUAAGUAAAUAGGUGACGAGAAGCAAGGAGAGGACGUUCUGGGACAAAGCAAUACGUAAUUGCAAGCACGUUUGAUAUUGAUGUACAGUGGGGCAAGUAAGUAUUUAGUCAACCACUAAUUGUGCAAGUUGUCCCAUUUGAAAAUAUUAGAGAGGCCUGUAAUUGUCAACAUGGGUAAACCUCAGCAUUGAGGGACAGAAUGUCGAAAAAAAAAAACAGAAAAUCACAUUGUUUGAUAUUUAAAGACUUUAUUACCAAAUCAUGGUGGAAAAUAAGUAUUUGCUCAAUACCAAAAGUUCAUCUUGAUACUUUGUUAUGUACCCUUUGUUGGCAAUAACAGAGGCCAAACGUUUUCUGUAACUCUUCACAAGCUUUUCACACACUGUUGCUGGUAUUUUGGCCCGUUCCUCCAUGCAGAUCUCCUCUAGAGCAGUGAUGUUUUGGGGCUUUCGUUGGGUAACACGGACUUUUAACUCCCUCCACAGAUUUUCUAUGGGGUUGAAAUCUGGAGACUGGCUAGGCCACUCCAGGACCUUGAAAUGCUUCUUACGAAGCCACUCCUCUGUUGCCCUGGUUGUGUGUUUGGGAUCAUUGUCAUGCUGAAAGACCCAGCCAUGUCUCAUCUUCAAUGCCCUUGCUGAUGGAAGGAGAUUUUCACUCCAAAUCUCUUGAUACAUGGCCCCAUUCAUUCUGUCCUUUACACAGAUCAGUCGUCCUGGUCCCUUUGCAGAAAAGCGGCCCCAAAGCAUGAUGUUUCCACCCCCAUGCUUCACAGUAGGUAUGGUUUUCUUCGGAUGCAAUUCAGUAUUCUUUCUCCUCCAAACACAAGAACCUGUGUUUCCACCAAAAAGUUCUAUUUUUGGUUUCAUCUGACCAUAACACAUUCUCCCAGUCCUCUUCUGGAUCAUCCAAAUUCUCUCUAGCGAACCGCAGACGGGCCUGGACGUGUACUUUCUUUAGCAGGGGGACACUUCUGGCAGUGCGGGAUUUGAGUCCCUGGCAGCGCAUUGUGUUACUGGCAGUAGCCUUUGUUACUGUGGCCCCAGCUCUCUGUAGGUCAUUCACUAGGUCUCCCCGUGUGAUUCUGGGAUUUUUGCUCACCGUUCUUGUUAUCAUUUGGAUUCUUGCAUGGAGCCCCAGAUCGAGGGAGAUUAUCAGUGGUCUUGUAUGUCUUCCAUUUUCUAAUAAUUGCUCCCAGAGUUGAUUUCUUUACACCAAGCAUUUUACCUAUUGUAGAUUCAGGCUUCCCAGCCUGGUGCAGGUCUACAAUUUUGUCUCUGGUGUCCUUCGACAGCUCUUUGAUCUUGGCCAUAGUGGACUUUGGUGUGUGACUGACUGAGUUUGUGGACAGGUGUAUUUUAUACCGAUAAUGAGUUAAAACAGGUGCCAUUAAUACAGGUAACGAGUGGAGCCUCAUUAGACCUCGUGAGAAGAAGUUAGACCUGUUUGACAGCCAGAAAUCUUGCUUGUUUGUAGGUGACCAAAUACUUAUUUUCCACUCUAAUUUGGAAAUAAAUUCUUUAAAAAUCAAACAAUGUGAUUUUCUGUUUUUUUUUUCCACUUUCGGUCUGUCAUGGUUGAGGGUUACCCACGUUGGCAAUUAAAGGCCUCUCUAAUCUUUUCAAGUAGGAGAACUUGCACAAUUGGUGGUUGACUAAAUACUUAUUUGCCCCACUGUAUAUCGUGGAAUCGUCUCAAAAUAUGAUUCUAAUUCACAUAAUAAUGCUAUUUAAGAUUUUUUUUUGUGCUGUCACAGGCACUUUAAAGUAUGCCCAUACGCAACCAAGUAAAACAAAAAGUACAUAACGGGUAAAGAGCAGUAAAAACAAGACAAUAUACAACAAAGUCAAAACUGUAACCUACGUCACAAAUGGUCAAUUUCAACUAGUUGCUAUUAAGUCAGUCAUCGGCUGCAGCUUGCUUCCAUGGGUACCUCGGCUAUCCCUUAUAGCCAUCCUACCCUGAAAAUGCCUGAUCUGUUAAGCUUAGCAGGGUUGGGCCUGGUUAGUACUCAAAUGCCAAGGAAUAAUUCUGAUAUAUCUGCGUUUUACUUGCAAAUCGGCUCGAUAUAUCGGUCGACCUCUAGUAUUUUACGGACUGUGAGGCGCACUUAAAUUCUUUUUUUUUUCCCCCCCGAAAUUGCGGUAAUGAUACUGACCUCAAACCUAUUUUGUAGGAGUAUAACUGUAUUAUGCUACUCCAGUAAAGUGCUCAAGACAAGUUGUUUAGAAGUGAGGAUUUUUAUUAGAUGAUUCUAGACAAGAUGGUAUUUAGUAAUUAUUUUCUUCAUCUUCAGCUGUCCUACAUUUUCAAAUACUUUUUUUUUUAUCUACUGUAAAUACCAAAACAUGGUUCUAUCGAAUUGACGAAUGAAAAAGUCAUCUGAAGUCUUGACGCAAGCAAAUAUUUUUAUGGGAAUCCAGUCUGUGCCUGUCUGCUUGACGAAUGUUUUUUUUUUUUACCCCCCUUGGAAUAAAAUUGCCUUCACUUCUCUCUGUAUUUACUUAUGUACAUACUGUAAAAGAAUGAUUAGCCAAUAUUUUUUAUUAACCAUAAUUUGUUGUAUGUGUAAUUUGUUCAUGUUUCUACCAUUAUUGAAAAAUAAUUUGACAUGUUGUCAAAAUAAAUUUUCAUUACACCGUGUGCAACUGUCCAUCUGUGUGGUUUACUGCAUAAUUUGAAUGAACUGAUUUUAACUAAGGAUGUCCCCAAUCUGAUCACGUGAUCAGAAAUUGUGCCCGAUUACCUCAUUUUUAUAAGAUCGGAAUCGGGUGAAAAAGAUUUUUAAGGUAUUUUCUUUAUGGGCUACAAAAUAACAAAAUAAGUUGUACAAGGAUAUUGUCAAAAGAUAAAAAAGCUGUUUCAAACUACGCAACAGUUUAAGAAGAAUCGGAAUACGAUUGUUUUUAAGAAUUUUGUAGUGGGUACAAAGUCACAAAAUGAUCAAAUGAACAAAGAUAAUGUCGAAAGAAACAAAAAAAAAAAUGGUAGUUGAAUGUGCCGUUGGAAAUGAAUGGAGCCAUUUAAAAUGUAUGAAGAAGUCUGUCAAAUUUUGACGGAAUUCUAUGUUUUUCCAUUAAAACUGGCUGAUAAUAUUUGUGCUACUAUGAAUUUUUUUAUGUGUGAAUUGUGUAAAUUUAACAAAGACUGGGACAGUGCCAUUUUCAAAUUUGAAAUUUUGUACAUGAAUGAAUGGGGCUUUUUGUCAAAAAAAAAAAGAAAACCUUUAAAAAAGAAAAACAUUAGUGGCAAAAUCCAAAAAGAGCCUGCGUUGUGUUAAUUUUGGAACAUUUCCAAGUUGGAACAGUGUGAAUCGGCCAAGGUGUGUGAGCUGUGUGUGGCCCACCAAAGAGUGGACAAGGAGAAAAAAACAAUACAGUGUUAUGAAAAAGUAUCGGAAUCUUUUGUAAUUUCUCACAUUUCUGCAUAAAAACCCCAUCAAAUGUGAUCUGAUCUUUGUCAAAGUCACACAGAUGUAAAAACAGUGUUUUCUUUAACUAAAACCACCCAAGCAUUUUUUAGGUUUUCAUAUUUUAUAUGAGGAUAGCAUGCAAACAAUGACAAAAGGGGGAAAAAUAAGUAAGUGAACCCUCUGCCUAAGGACAAGACCAAUUGAAACCAAUUGAAACCAAACAAUUUAAGCCAGGUGUGUGCCCAAUCACUGAUAAGUGGUUUAAAGCUGCCCUGCCCACUAUAAAACACAGACCUGGUAAAAAUGGCCUUGAUGAGAAGCAUUUGCUGGAUGUGCAUCAUGGUUUGGUCAAAAGACCUGUAUGAAAGAAUUUUUAUUUGUAUAAAGCUGGGAAAGGAUACAAAACCAUCUGUAAAAGUCUGGAUUAGAGCUGCAGCUAUCGAUUA